AUGGGUUCUGUCACUUCGUCUGAUUUGUUGAAUCUCAUGAGAACAAUCUCGCCGAUUUUAAACCCCUUCACCUUCCUUUCGAAUGCUAUCAGUGCUUUAGACUUAGCGUUGACUGCACCACAUUACUGGAAGUUGGUUGUGGUCAACUUGGUGAUCCAUAUGCUUCUGGCACUUCAAGCCGCCAUCGCCCUGACUUGGAAAUUACUUCGCAAACACGAUGGCGAGAGAGCAAAAUGCUGGUUUUGGCGACAGCGGCACGUCUUCGCCACUCAACGACGUCCAUACUAUGAACCGAACGGCAACCAGUUGUUACAAUUAUGUCAGCUUGUAGGGUGCAUUUGUUUAGAGAUUUAUUAUGCCUUCCUGUACCGUGUCACCAAAACUUCUGCCAUCUCUUAUUCAAACUACGGUACCGCCGCCUUUUGGUUCACGCUGAGUCACUUACCGGGGAUCAUGGGCUUCUGGUUUGCCUCUUGGAGUGCCCUCUAUCUAGUUUUACUUUGCCCUCAGAGAUACGAAAUCAACCCAACCAGCAAAAAGAAUUCCGUUUGGGGUCCCCUCGUUAUGAACUGGCUCUGCAUCGGGCUACCAAUUUUACUGGUUUUAUUCUUCUGCGUCCUGGGAGUAGUUCUAAUAAUGCAAACUCAUAACUUAUCAGCCAACCUUACAAUAUUGAAAAGCACACUCGCGGAGCUGGACUCCAUGUGGACGCCAGUUCAACAACUCGAGCCAAGAACUAUCGAACUGUUGUCUAAGCCUCUUGAAAAUUUAUUUCAAACAACACGACACCUCAUUCAAUGUUACCAAUCGAUUGCGUUCAGUUGGGCCAUCAUGUCAAUGCUCAUGUUAAGUUUUUACUGUAUUACCAUGGCGGCUAUAUGGAAAAUUUUGCACAACACAUUGAUGGUUGCCAGUGGCAAGGCGCCGGUGAUGGUAAAAAUUGAAAAGGAAAUCGAGAAGCAAAAUGAGUCGAUUGGAUCAGCUAUUGAGGACAUUACACAAGUUAAAAGGCAUGUUUCGUCAAUCCCUCUACCGGAUGAACCGAGGAAAGUACUCAAUCCGGCGCUCGCCUCUCAGCUAAGAAGAAAUUAUUAUUUCUUGAGUGUUAGUUGUACACUCAUGGCAACGUCUUUGGCUUGCAACAUAUUCUUUGGUUUACUAUUGGGGGUAAAAGUUAAAAGUGGUAUCGACAUACAGGCGGGAAACACCACGUUCGCACUCUGUACCUCUGGCAGUUUAUUGAGCUCAAUGUCCCUCCUUCUACAAAGUGUGGCUUGCAUGAUUUCAUAA